AUGGAACAAACAACAUUCACAAUGGGAGGGGCUGACCAGGCCCGGUUUGAGCUUGCUGAGGAUGAUGCCAGAAGCGAUACUGUGGCCGAUUCUACUCCUCACCCACCCUCAGAUGCCCAUCUUUCUUCUUCCAAGUCUCCCUCUCAUCCUCCAUCUACAACCACAGAACCAUCCAACAUGCCUUCCCAUACAGCAGCAAAGAAGAAAGGCACCGCAUCUGCGGUGAAAAAGAAUACCAAGCGAACAAAAAACAGUGGUGGCCCAAGAGCUGCCAAAAAGUCCAAGUCCACGCCUUCAUCAGGCUCUGGCCAAGCCCCUUCCGAAGCGGCAUCCGAGGAGUCAGACAAUGGUCCAUAUUGUCUCUGCCGCGGCCCAGAUGACCACCGUUGGAUGAUUUUUUGCGAACACUGCGAGGAUUGGUUUCACGGAGAAUGCAUCAACAUGAGUAAGGACAUUGGCGAGUCUCUGAUCGAGAAGUUUAUCUGCCCGAAUUGCACCACCGACGAUCUCAUGACAUUAUACAAAAAGACUUGCGCCCUGAGUGGCUGCCGGCGAGCAGCUCGAGUAGCACAGGAGGAGCAGAGCGUCUUUUGUUCGAACGAGCAUGCCCAGACCUGGUGGGAGCGGAUGGUGGCCAAGUUGCCCAAAACAAAAGGCAAAGGGGGCAUCAAUGAUCAGCUUGUCCAGGAGGAGUUUAUGGCAUUGUUGAGCAGUGGUCUUUCCGGCGUGGAUGAAGAAGGACUCUGGCGGUUGAUCAAGACCCCGUUCUCGGAUGAAACGCCAAAAGAAGAAGACAAGAAGGAGCAAGAUAACGAAGAGGAUGCAUCGAAGCAUUUGUCCGAAGAAGAGAAGGAGUUUCUGGAAAACGCUGCCGCAGCGCGGUUUCACCUUGCCGAAGAGACACUCCUCUGCCACAAGAUGCUCACUCUCCUUGAUCUCGCGCACAGUCGACGCCAGGCAGCCAUCAGUGCGGGACACUUCAAGGAAGACAUCUGUGGCUAUGACCAGCGUCUCGACACCAUCAGCGCUCGGGAUGCAUUUGCGGCCUUUGCCAAAUCACCUGAAGGCGAGGCCAUCUUCAAGGCAUCCAAGCUGGGCGAUCCCCUAGGCGAGGACGACGAUGUGAGGGGCAUGUGCGAGAGGAAGCGAUGCAAGAUUCACAGCGGGUGGUAUAAGAUGCUGUCUUUAGGAAUCAAAUACCAGAUUCGCGAGUUGGCAAGCCAGGCCGGUGAGGUUGGAGAGGAGGAGAAGGUUGUUCGCCAGGCUGCAAAGGAGCGAUGGAGGAGGAAGCGGUCCGAGAAGAACUGGGUCCAGGUGCUAGAUGGAUAG